AUGAGGUGGCGCCCGUGGCUGCCCGCCUGCCUGGCCUGGGGCUGUGUGGCCGCGCUGUGCGGCUCCCGCGGGCUCUGCCCGGCCCCGAACGCCUCCGGCCCCGAGCCGGGGCAGUGCCCGCCGCGCCGGGCGGCCGAGCUCUGCGCCUGGGCCCUGUCCUCCGACAGCCUGCUAGAUCCUUUUCCAGUUGAUGUGAUCCAAGAAAAUUAUGUCCGUAGUGUGAGAAACUGCAUUUUUUCAGUUGUCUAUCCUACACCCUUUAAAUCUAGAGUUCGUCUUGUAGCUGUUUCAAAGGCAGUUCUUGAAAAUAUUUUGGAUCUUGAUGUAUCUGUCAAAGGAUCAUCUGAUUUUCUGGAGUUCAUCAGUGGUGGGAAAGUGAUAUCUGGGUCUGUUCCUCUGGCCCACAGGUAUGGGGGUCACCAGUUUGGUAGCUGGGCAGGUCAGCUGGGGGAUGGAAGAGCCCACUUGAUCGGCGUAUAUACAAACAGGCAUGGUGAGAGGUGGGAACUGCAAUUAAAAGGGCCAGGAAAGACCCCAUACUCCAGGAAUGGUGAUGGGAGAGCUGUGCUUCGCUCUUCUGUUCGAGAGUUUCUAUGUAGUGAGGCCAUGCACUAUCUUGGAAUUCCUACAAGCAGAGCUGCUAGCUUAGUUGUAAGUGAUGAUGAUGUGUGGAGAGACCAGUUUUACAAUGGAAAUAUUAAGAAAGAAAGAGGUGCAAUAGUGCUUCGACUUGCCAAAUCAUGGUUUCGUAUAGGAUCCUUGGAAAUCUUAGCUCACUCUGGGGAGCUGGACUUACUAAGAAGAUUGCUAGACUUUGUCAUCCAGGAACAUUUUCCAUCAAUAGCUAUGAAUGAUUCAAAUAGAUAUCUGGAAUUUUUCUCUACAGUCGUGUCAGAGACUGCAAAUCUCAUUUCCUUGUGGAUGUCUGUGGGGUUUGCACAUGGUGUAUGCAAUACAGAUAACUUCAGUUUAUUGUCCAUAACAAUAGAUUAUGGUCCAUUUGGAUUUAUGGACUCCUAUGACCCAAAUUUUGUUCCAAACACAUCUGAUGAUGAAAGGAGGUAUAAAAUAGGAAAUCAGGCAAGUGUUGGGCUGUUUAAUCUGAGCAAGCUGUUACAAGCCCUAAAACCUUUAUUGGAUCCCAGGCAAAAGCAGCUAGCUUCCCAAAUUUUGGAGGGGUAUGGUGAGCACUAUCACAGUCGUUUCACAGAACUAUUCAAAACAAAAUUGGGUCUUCUUGGGGAGAAUGAGAAUGAUAACUAUUUGAUUGCUUUCCUCUUAAAAAUUAUGGAAGAUACACGGGCUGAUUUUACAAUGACAUUCCGAGAGCUGAGUGAAAUUACUGCAGACCAGUUAAAGGAGCUCCAUAUUCCUGAGGAGUUCUGGGCUCUCCAGGAUCUGGGUAAACACAAAUUAUUUUCAGAAUGGGUUACUAUGUACCUCCUGAGAUUAAACAGUAACAAUGGUGACUCAGAUGCCAAAAGAAGAACAAGAAUGGCAAAGUUUGAAAAACUCCUUGUGAGAGGACUAUGUGGUCAUAGAAGGCAAAGGAAGGUGUUUUGAUUCUCCAAGUUACUCUAAACACAAAAUGGCAAAGGUACUGCAGUUAGCUAUCAUGGCAGAAACAGUGGAUAUGAAACUCCAAGAAUUGUUCAGCAGGAGAUAUUUUUGAUCUGCAGAAAGCUGUGGUAAAUUUGUGAAAUUUGCCUAUAAGAGAAAAUGAGCAACUGAAAAUCAAUGGCCAAAAGGGAAUAAAGGAACUACAAGAUCUGAUCAAACUCUGCACGAGGCUUCACUGUUACAUUGCUUUGCAGGGUGCUUCUGCAAAGCAGGAUGGAAAUGGCUGCACUCUUUUGUUACAUAUUGAUUGGCCACUUUCUUCUAAAGCUCCAAUCAAUUUGCUAGGAAAAUGGCAGGAGCUGGCACUGAAUUUCAGUAAUGAGGUAGCAAAAUUACAGAGGACACAAUUUGUGGUUGCAGGUUUGUAUCCCCAUUUUCUAACAAAGGCUCUAUCUAUCUUAAAGAACUCUUCUUAAAAUUCUAUAUGCAAUUUGGGAAGUUAAUAUGAAAAGAGCUACCAAGAAGAAAUAUUUAUUUUAUUGGGUUUUGAUAGGGUUAAGAAGCUUCACCUAUGAGUUUCUGAGGCCCUUCACUCAAUUAUCAUUUUGAAUUUUCAAGUUCCUGUUUUCCUCAGCUAAAAUAGAAUGCUGCAAACUGUCUAAACACAUUUCUUAUUUUUCUGUAUCUUUUAAAUCUGCUUUUAGAGAAAAUCAUGACAUUCUGAGGUUUUAUUCCAAAUCAGAAAGGAUCCUAAUUUGUCAAUGAUCUUCUGCAAACCCUCAUUAUGUUUUUCUACAUGCACCUCAGAGGAUCUCAUAGUACAGGAGAGAUGAAACACGGAAAAGGUUUUGCCUCCAAAAUCACACUUGUGCUAAUGGUGUUAGUUUUGGUUGCAGUUAAAAUCUGAUCUGCAAAGAUUCAUGGUUCAGUUUGUUUUCUUCCAUAUAAUCAACCAUCACUCUCUAAUCAUACUGCAGAGCUGCAAAAUUUAUAAUAGGCUAUUGAUGUUAGUUUGUUAUUGUUUUAUUUAAAAUUAACAAACUUUGUUGGAUUUUUGCUAGCUGCUUGAUAUUACAGUGUGACUGAAAUUUCUUACAGAGGUUUUUGGGAUUUUUUUUUCUUUUUUACAUUUUUAUAUCCAUGGAUUUAAAUCAAUUACUUAAUGCCCUGUGGUCUCUUUAAAAAUUAUUUUAGUUUUUGUUUUGUUUGUUUAUUUGAUUGUUUGAGCAUUUGCUUGUAACAGCUGUCCUUGUCAGCACAACUUCCAGCAGAAAUCUGGCUCAAUUCAGUCAACUCUGCAUUUUUACCCAGCACUUCAUGUCAAAGACAAAUCUGUCCAGAUUCUCAACAAUGUUGGGGAGUUCCACUAAAUUGUGUACUGCUGUCUUUGACUGACCUUGAAUAUAUUGGCAUUAACACCUCAUUAUUCAUCACCCUUCCCUAAUUGUUAGUAAGUGCCAUAAAAAACCUCACUUCUCAAAGUAAAUUAACUUGAAUCAUUUAAAGUCAUCACUUAUUAUUUUUUUUCUUCCUUUCUUUUUCUGUUCUUAGUAGUGUUUUAUCUUGCACCGCCUAAGCUUAGUUCUUCUGGAGUUGAUCAAAAAGUUUUGACAAUCCAAGCCUAAAAUUGUAUUUCUUUACAAAAGCAGCAUGUAAAAAAAGUAGACCAGAUCAUGCUUAUAAGGGUACAGAAGUUCUUUUGCUUUGUCCUUUUCUUACCUGGCUUGUAUUACUCUUUCAUAAUUAUCUUGUCACUUGUGUUAAAUAACGAUAUUUUUAAAACCACUGUGAAACUUGUCAAUUUGCAAUUGUUAAGAAUUUAUUUCUGGGACAAAUAUUCUCCUGCUAAAAUGACUCACAGCUCUAAUGUGAAUUACCAUUUUUUGAAUGAGUCAUAUGUUAACUUUUUCACCUUUUAAAAUAUUUUUAAAAAUUGUUAUCAACUUUACUAUUGAUAACCCAUUUAAUGGAUUAAAUCAAAUAUUUGGGCAGAGCAAAUUGUUUUGCCAAGUGGUAAAACACUGUUUUUUAGCAGUUAGGGCAGAGUGUUGUUAUGCCUGUGUAGAGGUUAUCAGGAUUCCCAGUAGACAGUUGUAUUUGUUGGCUUUUUUAAUAUGUAAGUACAUACUGGACAGUGGGGAUGUGAAAAAGAAGAAUGUCUGUGGCCCCUUCUAAUACAUGCUUUGUCAAUAAAAUAACUUAAUAACUAAUUUAUUAAAGAAAUUGAGUAGAGGGAAGUUUGAGAUGGUAAUUUUGAUGAUUCCUGUGCAUUUUCCAAUACCCUCUUUCAAAUAUGCUGUAAGGGUAUUUAUAAGAAUAUUUUAUAAAUGUCCACGGAUUUUUAAAAAGAAAUAUAUAAACCUAACAUUUAUUAAUAUAAAACCUACUGGGACGUCAGUGGGAAGAGAAGGAGAUGAAGUUUGUGUAUGUCCAUAAAUCACAGAAUUUUGGGUUCAAGUGCAUCAGUGAAAUGCCUUUGGUACCACUAAUACCUUAAUGUAAUAAAUGCUUACUGAAUUGGGGAAAAUACACAGACCAAUGGCAAAUUAAGACUUCAAAGCAGGCUUGAAGUGUUACAAUUAUUCUGUAACAUUGUUUUGAUCAUUAGGUAAAGGGAAAACUUACUGAAGUAGGAUUCUAGCCUUUAAUUGCAGAACAAAAAUAAGAAUUCCAUUGGCAUAAUCUGUCAGAAAAUUUAUAGAGCCAUGUGUGCUUAUAAGAACUGUCCCUGGCAUACAGUUUGACAAAACUCCUUUUUGUGGCUCUGCUGUAGGAUGUAUCAUGGUUUACUAAUUCAGCAGUUUCAUUUUCCAGUAUUGCUACAUUCUCUCUCCUGCUCAUUAGACAAAAGCAGCCUGAAACAAGGCAGGGAAGCAGUGCACUUGUCAUGAUGGUUUCCAAAAGGAUACAUACACAGAUAGCUCUGGAAAAAAACUGAGGAACUGCUGCCUACCCCCAGCCAGGAGAUUAAAAGGAAAGUUGAAAAAGUAGUUUCUAAAAAAUACAGUUGUAAUGUAAUCUUAAAGGCUUUUAUGGCUAAACUUUUGGUACAUGACAUAGAAAGAGUAUCUAUAUACAUAUACUUUAAAGGAUAUCUUAGUAAUUACUUUGUAAAUUAAACAGUAUUCAUUUUUCUGAUCUCCAGGAAGGUAUUGACAAUACUGAAAUGUUUCCAUCAACACAGCAGGAACCUAGGCCAUGGUAAACUCAUGGCACUUGAAAAGCCUGCUGGUGUUCCUGACAGGAAAUCCUUCCUCUGUCCGUGUCAUGUUCUGUGCUACUCGAACUUCUGUUUGGCACUUUGGCACUACUGAUAGUGCAAGUUUAAAAAAUCCUUUUAGCAACUCACAGAAUUAAGUAGAUUGAUUAAUUCCUUUUCCUUUUUAUGCAUUUUUUCUUGAUCUGCAAAUUUACCUCUUCUUAAGGAUUUCAGUGACAUGUUUCAAUGACUGUUUUCAUUUUGUUUAAUAUGUCUAACUAAAUUUAACAUUAUUUACUCUUG